AACUCUCAUGUGUACGUGUACGUGUGGCUGUGCUGACCGUGCAGUUUAAGAGCUAGGCGAGCUUGUAAAGAUGGCUCAGUUACCUCAACUAUUCUUCACUGUGUCUGGUCUAAAGAGUAGGAAUGAUGAGACUAGACUGAAAGGAGCUAAUGACCUGCAGAAGUUUGUCUCCACGGAGCUCAGAGAGCUACCUGCUGAGCGGCACAGUAGUGCACUUGAUGAUAUCAAUUCCAACAUUUUCUCUCUUGUGUCCAGUCAAGAGGUACAUGAGAAGAAAGGAGGAAUACUAGCAAUUGUGAGCCUGGUUGGCCUGGAGGGUGGUGCUAAUGUGAACAGACUAGGUCGUUUUGCCAACUACCUUCGCUCUAUCCUACCACACUCUGAUGUCACACUCACUGAGAUGACGGCCAAAGCCAUUGGUCAGUUGGCACUGGCCGAGGGGGCGUACACGGCAGAGUAUGUCGAGUUUGAAGUGAAGAGGGCGCUCGAGUGGAUCAGCGGAAACGAGCACAAGAAACUGGCAGCUGUGCUCAUUCUCCGAGAGCUGGCUGUGCACACGCCCACUCUCUUCUACCAGCAGAUCCAACAGUUCUUUGACAACAUCUUCAUAGCUGUCAGAGACCCCAAGCCUCUGAUUCGAGAGCGUUCUGUGCUAGCCCUGAGGGCAUGUCUUCGUCUGACGGCCCAAAGAGAGUCCAAGGAGGACGUCAACUCCCUCAACUACCAGAAAACGUAUGAUGAAGCCAUAGGAGCGUUCCAAGAGGGUGCCUCGAGGGACAGUCGUACCAGCCUCAACAGAGACGACAAGAUCCACGGCUCACUGCUCAUGAUCAACGAGCUCAUCAUGAACAGCGCAUGGUCUGAGGAGAGUGUUCGUGAGGAGUUGACUGAGAAGGAGGAGCAUCACGAUGAGCUCAGUGUCAUAGAGUCACUCAUGGCGGGGGGUCAGAACAGACCCACCACAUUGCCUGGGGCACCAACCAAAGAUGUGAUCAAGUCCUCGCUCCCUCGUGCUCCUCUGAUGGUCCGACGAUUCCCCGGGUUUGCCCAGGGCUAUGCAGCUGGUAAACGCACCGAGACAAAGUUCCUACCCAGUCGAGUGUGUCAACAAUUCCUCAACAGAAACUUUGAUGAACUCUGUAAACUUGUACUCAAAUAUCGUACCAAUAAGAAUGCUCUUGUACAUCAGACACUGUUGCAACUGCUGCCUCGGAUAGCUGCUCUCAACCAGGAACUCUUUGCCCUCAACUACCUAUCAGAGGGUGUUGGUUACCUACAGACGUGCCUGAGGCGUGAGAGGGAGAGGGCAGUGGCACUACGCUCUAUGGGGCUCAUGGUCUACGUCCUUAAGGACAGGAUGGACCUUGACCCCGUCCUGACCACCAUCAAGACCAACCUACCUGGAAUCAAGGACACCACGGCUGGGAAACGUCAGUCUCGAACGAGCACAUACGAGCCGGCUGUGUUCUUCUGCAUCAGCAUGUUAGCUCGGGCUGUGGGUGCUUCAGUGGAGUCCGAUAUGAAGGCACUCCUCGACCAGAUGUUUAGUGCGGGACUGAGCGCAGAGCUCACCUCAGCUCUCAAGAUACUGGCCAAGGAGAUACCCAACCUACAUCGGGACAUACAAGAUGGCCUGCUGAAGAUGCUCUACAUGAUCCUGCUCCACCAGCAGAUGCGUCACCCCGGUGCCCCCAAGUCCACCCCUCACACACUCACACCCACCACCUCUCAGGGACCCCCUCAGGAGGUGGACAUCGGCAGUGUGACACUCUCACUGCAGACACUCGGCUCCUUCAGCUUUGGAGCCCAGCCCCCUCUCCAGCUGGUCCAGAGCUGUGCCGACUACUACCUCACCUCAGAGCACAAGUCUGUUCGUAUGGAGGCGGUGAGGACGUGUGCUGCUCUCCUUGUGCCCAACCUCCUGCCCCACAACAUCUUUGUCACGCACUUUGCUCCCUUUAGUGCCGCGUCAGCACAAGUGGUGGGCGAGGUCCUCGGCAAACUACUAACUGUGGGAAUCACUGACCCAGACGACGAGAUUCGUGAGUGUGUGUUCAUGUCACUGGACGAGAGGUUUGACCCUCACCUGGCUCAGGCAGAAAACCUCACCACCCUCUUUGUGGCCGUACAUGACGGGGUGUUUCGUAUCCGUGAGCUGGGCAUGUGCAUCAUCGGUCGUCUUAGCAACCUAAACCCCGCCUUUGUGAUGCCGACCCUGCGUAAAGUGCUCAUCCAGAUACUCACCGAGCUCGAGUACAGUGGGAUAGGUCGUAACAAAGAGCAGAGUGCUAAACUACUGGGACACCUCAUCGCUAACGCCCCCAAGCUAGUCAGGCCCUACCAGGAAGCGAUACUCAAGGUUCUGAUUCCCAAACUGAAGGAGCCUGAUCCCAAUCCAAGUGUCACCAACAACAUCAUGGCUGCUAUCGGCGAGUUGGCGCAAGUUGCCAGGGGCGACAUGAGGUACUGUGUGGAUGAACUUUGUCCUAUCAUCGUGGAAAUGUUGCAAGAUUCGAGCUCUCUGGCAAAGAGAGAGGUGGCACUGUGGACCUUUGGGCAGCUGGUGGAGUCAACUGGCUAUGUGGUGGAGCCUUACUACACGUACCCAAACAUUCUGGACAUCCUGUUCAACUUCCUGAAGGUGGAGCACAUGACUGGUAUUCGUCGUGAGGUGAUUCGUGUGCUGGGUCUUCUGGGAGCGUUGGACCCGUACAAACGAAAGCAGCAUCAGCGCAGCGGGGUCCGCAGCAAGAUGGGCACUCCGGUCAGCAAACCAAUGGAUAAGAUAUCUCAGGACACAGGCAGUGGAGACACGGCUAGUGAGCUGCUUGUCUCAAUGGGAAGUGGCAGUAAUCUGGAGGACUUCUAUCCCUCAGUGGCCAUCAACUCUCUCAUGAAGAUCCUCAAGGACCAGUCCCUCUCUCAGCAUCACACAAUGUCCAUUCAGGCACUCGGGUUCAUCUUCAAGAGUCUCGGCAUCAAGAGCGUCCCCUAUCUAACACAGGUGAUGCCGCCAUUCCUGAGUGUGAUGCGCUCCUGUGAUAAGAACAUGAGAGAGUACUUGUUCAAGCAGCUGGGUCAGAUCAUCUCCAUCAUCAAGCAGCACGCCAGGAACUACAUGCCAGAGAUAUUCGCCAUUAUCAGAGAUUUCUGGAGCCCCAACAGCCCCAUCCAGAACACUAUCAUCCUUCUCAUCGAGAAGAUCGUGGUUGCCAUGGGUGACGAGCUCAAGGUGUACAUCCCACGUCUGGUCCAUCCAGUACUCAAACUAUUCCUACAAGACACCAGUGAGCAGAAAAUGGCCACUCAAAAGAUGAUGAGUGCGUUGCAGCUGUGUGGUGCCAGCCUCGACGAUUACCUCCAUCUCCUAGUGCCACCCAUCGUCAAGGUCAUGGACUCCUCAAAUGCACCAGAAGUCAAAAAGACUGCCAUGGAAACGAUUGAGAAACUAAGCAGCUCGUUGGACUUCACAGACUAUGCGUCUCAGAUCAUCCAUGCCCUGAUACAGGUUCUUGAUCAGGGCCAUGAGCUGCGUGGUGUUGCCAUGUCAACUCUCUGCGCCAUGGUGAUACAGCUCGGAAAGAGAUACAAGAUCUUCAUUCCAACAGUCAAGAAGGUGAUGACAAGACAUAAAUUCAACCACCCAAUGUACGAGCUUCUUCUGAGCAGGUUGAGCAAGGAUGAGCCGUUGGUGCCUGACGACGAUGUGGACCGUAAGAUCAAGAGACAGCAACCCGACGAGGACAACUCUGCUGAGAUAGAGGCAGCUUCCUUCAAAAAGUUCCACAUGGAAGUGAACGCACUCUCCAGGGCGUGGUCUUCUGUUGGGAGAGUGCGUAAAGAGGACUGGAUGGAGUGGCUACGACGAUUGGGGGUGGAGCUUCUGAAGGAGUCCCCCUCCCCCUCACUACGAUCCUGUUGGGCCCUCGCUCAAGCCUACAACCAACUAGCAAGAGAGUUGUUCAAUGCUGCGUUUGUGUCAUGCUGGAUGGAGCUGAGACCAGUGCAUCAAGAGGACUUUGUGUCCAACUUGAAGCAGGCACUCACGCUACAGAAUAUUCCAGAGAUCACACAGACCGUGCUCAAUCUGGCAGAGUUCAUGGAGCAUUGCGAGGAGGCUACGGGCCGGUUGCCACUGACCAGUGAGCUGUUGGGAGAGUGUGCCAUGAACUGCCGAGCGUACGCCAAGGCCCUCCACUACAAGGAGGAGGAGUUUCAUCGUGGUCUGACAACCAAGACGCUGGAGUCACUCAUCUCCAUCAACAACAAACUGCAACAACCGGAUGCAGCUGCCGGGGUGCUUGUGUUCGCACAGAAGAAGGCCGAGGGAGAGUUUAAAAUCCAGGAGGAGUGGUACGAGAGCCUCCACAACUGGGAGGCGGCCUACACCCUCUACAGCGACAAGUCCUACCUACGCCCCGAGGACAUAAACCUCACUCUGGGCCGAAUGCGAUGCCUCAACGCAAUGGGAGAGUGGACAAAACUGUAUGAGAUAGCGUGCGAGUCUUGGGGCCUCGGAGACGACAAUACGAGGAAGAAAAUGGCCGUCAUGGCUUCGGCGUCUGCCUGGGGGUUGGGCCAGUGGGAGAGCAUGGAGGAGUAUUGUAAGAGCAUACACAAGAACACGCCCGAGGGAGCUGUCUUUCAAGCUCUCAUGAGUAUUCACAAGGGGCAGUUUGCUGGAGCACAGGAGUGCAUAAACGAUGCCCGUGACAUUCUGGACACAGAGCUGACAGCACUGGUGGGGGAGAGCUACAGUCGUGCCUAUGGAGUCAUGGUGAACAUACAGCUGCUCUCAGAACUGGAGGAGAUCAUUCACUGUCUAAUGGACCCUGACAGGAAGCAACAGCUGCAGCAGAAUUGGUGGAAUAGACUGCUGGGUUGUCAGAGAAAUGUCGAAGAUUGGCAGAAGAUCCUACAAGUUAGAUCGCUUGUGCUGAACCAGCAGGAGGAGAGUCAGUCGUGGGUGAAGUAUGCCUCCAUUUGUCGCAAAUCUGGAAAGAUGGCCCUCUCUGAAAGAACACUCUUGUCGUUGCUUAGGAAUGACCCAGCUUGUAAGCAGGGACUACUCGUCUCAGAGAAAUACCCUCGGGUCACGUUUGCGUACAUGAAGCAUCUUUGGCAGGCUGGUAGCAGACAGCAAGCCUUUGACCUUCUCUCUCAGUUUGUCACCACUCAUAAGAAACCUCUCGUGGGUGGCAACGAUGAUUGCGACAAACUACUGGCCAGGUGCUACCUGAAGCUUGGAGACUGGCGUACACAGCUGGAAGAGAAGAACGACCUCAGCGGGCCCACCAUCACUACCAUCGUGCAGUACUUCCACAAGGCGACUGAAUAUGACAGGUGCUGGUACAAGGCGUGGCAUGCCUGGGCAUACAUGAACUUCCAGGCUCUCCUAGAGCACAAGCAACAGCCGUCCUCGGGAGAUGGUGCUGCUUUACUGUCACCUUCAGGAGAUGGUGUUGCUUUGCUGGCACCCUCCACCCCGGGGGACAUCGGACGAAGUCCCUCCCCUUCUCGUGACUCAUUCAACGAAGUGGAAGUGACUGUGGUGACGUAUGCCUGCUCAGCUGUGCAGGGGUUCUUUAAGUCCAUUGCUCUCUCUCUUGACAGCUCUCUUCAGGAUACCCUAAGAUUGCUGACUCUCUGGUUCGACUACGGACACCUGCAGGAUGUACACAAGGCCCUGAUGGAUGGGGUACGAACCAUCGACAUCGACACCUGGUUGCAAGUGAUCCCACAACUCAUCGCUAGGAUAGAUCACCCUCGUAGCCGAGUCAGCAAACUCAUUCACGAUCUUUUAACCUCUGUCGGGAAGCAGCACCCACAGGCCCUGAUCUACCCACUGAUGGUGGCCACUAAGAGUCAGAAAGAGCAACGUAAAGAUGCAGCAGAGAUGAUCCUAAGCAACAUGAGAGAGCAUAGCUCUGAUCUGGUGCAACAAGCCAUCAUGGUGUCUGAGGAGCUUAUCAGAGUAGCCAUUCUCUGGCAUGAGCAGUGGCACGAGGGUCUCGAGGACGCUUCAAGACUGUAUUUUGGCGAGCACAAUGUUCCUGGGAUGCUUGCUGUCCUCCAGCCCCUGCACGGGAUGAUGGAAAACGGACCCGAGACACUCAAAGAGAUCUCAUUCAACCAUGCGUAUGGUAGAGACCUUGCGGAGGCUUACGAGUGGUGCAAGAAGUACCAGCACAGCUCAAACGUGAAGGACCUCACUCAAGCCUGGGAGCUCUAUUACCACGUCUUUAGGAGAAUCUCCAAGCAACUACCACAACUGACGACCCUAGAGCUACAGUACGUCUCUCCGAACCUACUAGACUGUGACGACCUCGAGCUGGCUGUCCCCGGAACCUACGAACCCAACCAGCCCAUCAUACACAUCAAGAAGGUCAACGCCUCCCUCAAUGUCAUCACUUCCAAGCAAAGGCCGCGGAAACUAGUCAUUCAAGGCAGCAAUGGUCAGGACUUCAUGUUCCUGCUCAAGGGUCACGAGGACCUGCGUCAGGACGAGAGAGUGAUGCAGCUGUUCGGUCUCGUCAACACUCUCCUCACCAACGAUCCGGAGACAUUUAAACGACACCUCAGUAUUGAGCGGUACUCGGUGAUCCCCCUCUCUCCGAACUCGGGGUUGAUCGGUUGGGUACCUCACUGCGACACCAUCCACUCGCUCAUACGAGACUAUCGAGAGAAGAAGAAGAUCAUGCUCAACAUUGAGCACAGGCUCAUGCUACAGAUGUCCUCAGACUACGACCACCUGAUGCUGAUGCAGAAGGUGGAGGUGUUUGAGCAAGCCAUUGAGAGCACUAGCGGGGAUGAUCUGGCCAAGGUCCUCUGGCUAAAGAGCCCCUCCUCUGAGGUGUGGUUUGAUCGCCGUACCAACUACACUCGUUCUCUGGCCGUUAUGUCCAUGGUGGGCUAUAUACUGGGACUGGGAGACAGGCAUCCGUCUAACCUGAUGUUGGAUCGUCUGACCGGGCGUAUACUGCACAUUGACUUUGGAGACUGUUUCGAGGUGGCCAUGACUAGAGAAAAGUUUCCCGAGAAGAUACCGUUCCGACUCACUCGCAUGCUCACCAACGCAAUGGAGGUGACUGGGAUUGAGGGAAACUUCCGUCAGACAUGCAACAACGUGAUGCGGGUGCUGAGGGAGAACAAGGACAGUGUGAUGGCUGUCCUUGAGGCCUUCGUCUACGACCCUCUCCUCAACUGGAGACUCAUCGAUGAAACUUCAUCAAAGACAAACGAAGCAAGAAGGAAAACAAGAGGGCAGGAGAAUGGCCUCUCUCCAAGCAGGUCAGGUCAGAGACAAGACUCUCAAGGCUACCAACCAGAGGAGCUGAACAAGAGAGCAGUGGCCAUCACUCAGAGAGUCAAGCAAAAGCUAACCGGUAACGACUUUCAACAUGAGAGCACCCUGGACGUGGACAAGCAAGUGCAGCUGCUCAUAGAGCAAGCCACCAGCCACGAGAACCUGUGUCAAUGCUAUAUUGGAUGGUGCCCAUUUUGGUAGCCUCUUGAACUCAAAUUUUUGAUGACUCUUUAUUUUGUGGUUUAAUUUUCUACUGAUAUAUCCUAAAGUGUACAUGUGUAUUUGAUAAUUAUUGAUUGACGUUCA